AGAUAGGUUUAAUUGUACAAAUGGGUAGACAGAACAAAAAGGUGAAGCGAUCUAUUGAGUUUGGGGGUACGGUAUUAAAAUGGAUGUAUGGAAUAGCUGAUGCUGACGAUGUACGAAAAUAUGAUAGUUCGAUCAAUAAAUUAGAAAACGAUCAGAAAGAUGUUAUGCGUAUUGUUCAUGAUCAGAUAUCUAUAUUAAAAAGCACAAUAAUUAAUUUCAACGAUUCGGUUACAUCAUUUAAUGAAAAUAAGAAAUUAUUUGAUGCAAAUAUGAAAGAAGGCGAGACCAAAUUGAACGAAAUGAUUAUUGAGAUAUCUAACGAAGACAGAAAAAUUAUUAUUCUGAGUUCGAUAAGUCUUAUAGAACACACUAUAUUUGAAUUGGACAUAUUUAUAAGUAGGUUGCAAAGAGUAAUUUCUAACGUUCAGAAUAAUAUAGUAGAUGCGUUUAUAAUAACACCCGACCAAUUGCUAUCGGAAAUAAAAAAUAUAGAGACUAUUCUCCCGGACGAUUUGAAAAUCCCUGUUAAAUUUGAUGAGGAUAAUAUUCAAGAAAUAUUCAAAAUAUUAAGUAUUGAAAUGCACACAGUAAAUGACAGAUUUAUUUUUUCUUUAAAAUUUCCACUGUGCCUUAUAGAAAAUUUUAACGUUUAUUACAUAUUACCGAUUUACAUUUCAAUUAAUGAACAUGGUCAAUUUCUCCAUAUGACUAAAAAUUCUAUGUAUUUGUUAAUGGACAAAAUAAUGACCAAAUAUUUUAUUUGGCCAGAUUUAAAUAACUGUAAAGUAGUGGCGAAAAUAUUUGUUUGUGGAUUUAAUGAAAUUAUACAUAAUUGUGACACGGACCCCACGUGUGUAACAGAAUUACUAAAAAAACUACCGUAACUAAACCACCUCAAU